CUCGGCAGGGGAUCAGGCUAUGACAGCUGGGCGCCCCAAAGGGUUAACCUGGGUGUCCUCGGCAAAGUUGUCGCCGAGCCGGGAGCCCGCGUAGGGGCCGCGGCGCCGAGGCUCGGGGGGCGGCCGGGCGGCCGGCGGCGGUCGUGGCUCGGCGGGGCCCGCGCGGCCGGGGGGCUGCUGGGGGUGUGCGCCCCCAGCCGGCUGCCCUCGUGGAUGCCUCCCGGCGGCGGCGGGCCCAUGAAAGACUGCGAGUACAGUCAGAUCAGCACCCACAGCUCCUCCCCCAUGGAGUCGCCCCACAAGAAGAAGAAAAUCGCGGCCCGGAGGAAAUGGGAGGUUUUCCCGGGAAGAAACAAGUUCUUCUGCAACGGGAGGAUCAUGAUGGCCCGGCAGACGGGCGUCUUCUACCUGACCCUCGUCCUCAUCCUGGUCACUAGCGGACUCUUCUUCGCCUUCGACUGCCCGUACCUAGCAGUGAAAAUCACCCCCGCCAUCCCGGUGGUCGGUGGCAUUUUGUUCUUCUUUGUGAUGGGGACCCUGCUACGCACCAGCUUCAGUGACCCCGGCGUCCUUCCGCGAGCCACGCCUGAUGAAGCCGCCGACCUGGAAAGGCAAAUAGGUAACCCUGAAGAUAUCGCAAACGGCACCAGUUCAGGGGGGUACCGCCCACCUCCCAGAACCAAAGAAGUCAUCAUCAAUGGCCAGACUGUGAAACUUAAAUAUUGUUUCACCUGCAAGAUUUUCCGGCCCCCUCGUGCCUCUCACUGUAGCCUUUGCGAUAACUGCGUAGAACGAUUUGAUCACCACUGUCCCUGGGUAGGCAACUGUGUGGGGAAAAGAAACUACAGAUUUUUUUAUAUGUUUAUUUUAUCUCUGUCUUUUCUGACAGUCUUUAUAUUUGCAUUCGUUAUCACCCACGUCAUCCUUCGUUCACAGCAGGCGGGAUUCCUCAACGCUCUUAAGGACAGUCCUGCAAGUGUGCUGGAGGCCGUGGUCUGCUUCUUCUCCGUCUGGUCCAUCGUGGGGCUCUCGGGUUUCCACACGUACCUGAUAAGCUCCAACCAGACCACAAACGAAGACAUUAAAGGAUCUUGGUCAAAUAAAAGAGGUAAAGAAAAUUACAACCCCUACAGCUACGGAAACAUCUUUACAAACUGCUGCGUCGCGCUGUGUGGACCAAUCUCUCCAAGCCUCAUCGACCGAAGAGGGUACAUUCAGCCCGACACCCCGCAGCCAGCCGCGCCCUCCAACGGGAUGGCUGCGUAUGGGGCCACACAGUCCCAGAGCGACAUGUGCGACCAAGACCAGUGCAUUCAGAGCACCAAAUUCGUUUUGCAGGCCGCGGCCACGCCCCUGCUGCAGAGCGAGCCCAGCCUCACCAGCGACGAGCUGCACCUGCCCGGGAAGCCGGGCCUGGGCACGCCCUGCGCCAGCCUGACGCUCGGGCCGCCCACGCCGCCCUCCUCCAUGCCCAACCUCGCCGCCGAGGCCGCGCUCACAGACAUCCUGCCCCUGAAAGACGAGCACGUGGCCCACCAGUUCCUGACCCCGGACGAGGCGCCCUCGCCACCCACGAUGCUGGCGGGCAGCCCGCUGGCUCACAGCCGCACCAUGCACGUGCUGGGCCUAGCCAGCCAGGACUCCCUACACGAGGACUCGGUGCGCGGCCUGGUGAAGCUCAGCUCCGUGUGAUCGCCGGGCCCCGGCCUGCCCAGGGGAUGCUGCCCACCGUGGGAGCGGCAGACCUGGCGCCCUCACCGCGAUCCCCCACCGUGUGACCCAGUGCGCGGGUGGCCAGCGCAGCUGUAAGCCCUGGGGUAGGAAGACCCCUCCUUGGGAGAGAAAUCAGAGGGCCCAGGCGGGCAGGACCUCAAAGGCUGACAGCUUGGUUUCAUUUGAAUUUUCUACCCCACCCUGACCGGCUUUGCUAACAAUGAAAAGAGACCUGACUAUUUUCAGGUGUUUGGAAUAUGAAGGGUGGGCCGUGGGGGAGGGAGACAGCCUCGGGAGCUCCCCGCACCCCCACCCCCAGCAGAGUCUGGGAGGAGAGGGGGCCCCCUGGGGUGCUCCUCUUGCUGCUGUGGACCAGGUAACAGAAGGUUUGGGACCCUUGUGGCGGGACUGAGGUUGAACUUAAGUGUUAUGCUACUAAUAUCUGAAAUAGACAUGCCAUUCCAUUUGUUAAUUUAAAAAAGGGAAAAAAAAAACCGACCAGAUGUGGACUGCAUGCCACGCUCCAGUCUGUGCUCGGUGGUGAUGGUAUUGGAAAGGAACUGCUGCUGCUUUUCUUUCUUGUUCUUUUUUUUUUUUUUUAAUUUCGUGAAUUCUCAAGUGCUGUUUUAUGGGAAGACGGUGCAACAGACCAAGGCUAAUGGACCUUGCCAUCCUCGCCAGCUUCUUCAGCUUAAUUCUACAUGAGUAGGUGGCGCCUGGGCUGCGGAGGGGCGGGUUUUAUCCUAUCCAGUAUCAGUUAACCUUCUGUUUAGUAGUUAACCUGAGGUGUUGUGUUGCACACACCCACCGCCGCAAUCUUCACCUCCUUGUGUGACCAAAUUCCUGUGGACAGCCAAUAAAAUGACGUCCUCUGUUA